AAGCGGAGUGACUUUUUAGCCAAUCAGAAUGCAGAACACAAUGCACGAUGCAAAUCCGUCAAGUAGCGAAACUGUGAAAAGUAAACCGCGUUAUAGGAGGGAUCACAGUAUAGCAUUCCAAAACCUGUAUUUUGGUCAAUAAAAAAAGAAAGGUCAGCAGGAUUGUAGAAGCAUCAACUAUCAGUUCUUUGGCUUUCAAAGAACUGGUUCAAAAAAAGUGUCAAAUAAUUUACUGCAGCAGUAAAUCCUAUUCUAAGUCCUGAUAAAUAUAUUAAACAAAGUCUGUUCCUGAUACCAAGCACGUGCGUGUGACGAAAAAACCGGCUUCCAUCUGGCUUCAUAACAGAAGAAACAGCACCAUCUAGUGGCAGCUUGGUAGGAUGACAUCAAUGGUUCAAGCUACAGUUGUUUAAAAUGCACUAAUUUUAUGAAGCUUUUGUAGUUUUUAGAUUUAUUAGUUUUCUAAAAAAUCAAACAUUUAGUCAGGGGAACACUAUUUUAAUACUAGCUUUAUUUUUCAGCUUCUAAAUGGAUCAAACUUUACACAUUUUCUAAGAAAAUUCCUCCAUAGCGACAAAUGUGUUUGCAGAUUCCUUUUUUUUCAUAAUAAAAGAGUUCUCUCAAAGAAAAAGCAACAGUUAACGUUUCUGCAUUCCUUUAUUUAGCUUUUUUCCGCAAUCGUUAUGAAACUCCUCAACUCCUCGUCGUGGUUGAGGAGCAGCCGCAGACGUCGAGCCGUGGUCACAGUGAGGCAGCAGCAUGUCGUGCAGAGGUUACAGGGUGUCCUGUAGCACUGCAGGCUCCGGUUGCUUCCCAUCACCUUUGGUUUCAGCGCGUGUCAGCACCUGUACCUGCAUGCACGACUGUCAGCUUCUGAACAUGUAUCCAUAAAAGAAACAACAUUUAAUAAAAUGAAAAUUCCUUUUUUGUUUUUGUUUUUUUGCAUAACCUGAAAGGUGUGAGGUUCACAGAAACAUGAAAACUUUAACCACCAUUAAGGUCCUGUUUCUGCCACUGUUGUUUGUAUCUUGAGAUUUUCAUCAAUGGUUAUUUUAGGUUUUAUUCUUUCCAGCCUUAGUUUUGUCUUUUUUGUUUACUUUUUGAUGCAUUAGGAAAACCUUCCAGCUAUUAAUGAACCCACAGGUCUACAGCAGAUUGUACUCUUAAACUACCACAGGCUUGUUUUACUGUGAAAUGAUGCGCCUGACCGCCUGCAGAAAAGCUGAUGCAGCGUCGAGUAAAGGACACUUUUUACAGAAACCCCAACAGCCGCAGGUUAAAGACGCUCCCUCUCUCUUCUCAGGACAUUUCCCAAGGUUAGCAUCAGGGAAGGGGAGGAGCCCACACAAAGAGAAGGAGACUGACAUGCAGAAUGCAUGAGACACCAGAGAGGACUGAUGACGACUCCUGGAUCCAUCAUUUCCAGAGAGUUCAGGCGGUUUGGCAGCAAAGUCUGCAGGACGAUCAGCUGACACGAGAUGAAGGAGGAUCUCUGCAGAGGUCUGGAGGCGUCAGGAAGGGGCCGUGCUUAUCCGGCAACGAUCACAAACGAGAGUCCUGCAGUGCUGACUUUGGAGCCGAUGGUGCAGCGUUCACAGCCGGCCUCUCUGGCACGCUGCCUUGUUUCUGAGCCGGCUGUCAGCAUGCAGCGGGUACCGACUCAGCAGGACGAUGGAGCAGGAGGUGACGCAGAGGGAAGAGGGGAUUCUGUGGGAAGGAACGAAGCCGCAGGAGGAGAAAAGGCGGAGAAGGAGUCCAUGAUGAUGGAGCUGACCCGGCUGGUGCAGAACCUGGUGAAGGAGAGCAGCUGGUGGGAGAGGAGGGGAGUGGACUGCUGCAUCUUAGCAGCAGCUUUCCUCUGUUUGCCUCUGGCCUUCCUGCUGCUGGGAUCCUCGCGGCUGCUGUGGCUUUUGGCGGGCGUGCUGCUGAUGGGCGUGGCUCACGCUGUGAUCACCGUCAAAGGAACCCACCUGGCCAGCCACGGGGCACUGAGCGAGUCCCAGGCGUGGGGGAAAUUCUGGGCCAUCUUUUUCAUUGAGAUCUGCGGCUCCUUCUCAGCCCAGGCUGGCGUCCAGGGCCACAUCAAGAUGCACCAUGCUCACACUAACAUCAUUGGACUGGGAGACUCCAGCGUGUGGAAGGUCCCCUCCCUGUCCCGCACGCUCUACCUCUUUGUAGCUCCCCUCGCCGUGCCCAUCAUUACCCCGCUGGUUGCCCUCGCUCAGGUCAAAGGUCGCUCUCUGGCUCUGCUCGUGAGGACGGUGCUGAACAUAACUCUGGGUCUGUACUCGCAGUACUGGCUGCUGACCAACAUCUCUGGGUUCCGGUCAACGCACAGCGCGCUGUUCUGCAUGCUGGUGUGCAGAGCCAUGUUCUCGGUGCCGUUCAUCCACGUCAACAUUUUCCAGCACAUCGGUUUGCCAAUGUUCUCUUCCACACGCCGACCGAAAAGGAUUCACCAGAUGACCCACGGCGUGCUGAACCUGCCCCGUAACCUUCUCCUGGACUGGACGUUUGGACACUCGCUGAUUAACUGCCACGUGGAGCAUCAUCUCUUCCCCUUUCUGUCAGACAACAUGUGCCUAAAGGUGAAGCCUGUUGUCUCCAAGUAUCUCACUGAAAAGCAGCUUCCCUAUCAGGAGGACCGCUACCUGUCGCGCUUGCACCUGUUCUUCCAGAGAUACCAGGAACUGAUGGUGUUUGCACCCCCCAUCACAGAGCUGGUGGGGGUACAGUGAUGAAGGACUGACGAGGAUCUCUGUCUUUAAAAUACCUUUAAACUUGAAACACUCCCCUUUGCAAUAAAUUAUACGUUUUUACACAUCAGCUGUAAGUUUCAACAAGCAAUACGAAAACCUAAAGUGAACUUUUUUGUGUGUAUUUAUCAAAAUGAUUUCUACUUUUGAUCAAUUACCACUCAAAUGAGACAAAAGUGGUACGUUUAAUGUGAUGCGACUGUUAAUAGAAAAGAAAACGUGUCUGCAGCUUAAUGAACAAAAACCUUUUCUCUCCUGAUUUUUCUCAUAGCAUAAUCUCAGGAAGGUUUAUAUUUACAUUGACAGCACAGGAUGCCACAACCUCAAGAAGAGGCGUGGAAACAAACUGUCGGAUGUUGUUAUCUUCAGUCAUUUUAAAUAGAGUCUAGUUUUCACAAUCGUGGCUGUAGAAAGUUAAAACAGGGCGAGUCAAACUGAGUGUUACUCUCUCAUGACGACACUAGAACACAAACACAACACUCCCUGGAAAAUCUUACUCUUGUGGGACGUUCAUCACGUUUUUGUCAGCGCUUCCAGAGCUGUUGGACAUUUCUUGCACUUUUUUUCCAGGAAUCUGCAGACACGUCGGGGACCUUUUGUGUUGAGAUUUUCUAAAUUCCAGCGACGCAAUAGAGCAAAGCACUGUGACUGUAUCACUGUAUGCUAUCUUCAAUUUUCACAUUGUUGCAGCCCAGGGCAAAACAAACCAAAUAAAAGCUGUUUAACUUGA